UCCUCCUCUGCCUCCUCCUCCUCCGGACAAUGAGAGGCUCCACUCCCUCAUUGGCUCCGCACCACACAGACAGACCUGUUUCCCAGCUAGCUCCGCAGUCUAUACUCACUUUUUUUGUUGUUUUGUCUGCGAACUGAACACCACACCGUCCUCCGGAGACUCUACCCCCCCUCCAUACACCCAGCGCGCCUUCUCCGGUUGUGCGUCCGACUUCAGCGCGACUCUCCCGGUCACUUGUCCUCCGCCUGCCGCUGCCGCCGGUGGAUAAGCUUGAAAGGUGACUGGUGUGAACGGUGUUGGAAUGCAACAGGAUUAUCAUCUGACCUUCGAGGCACAAGAACCAGACCACUAGAUCACACAUUUUCUGAUCUGCGCUGCACUACAAUGCUUUUGCGAUUAAAAUGUCUACGUUGAAGCACGUCAUUCUACAGGAUAAAGACCAGGAUGUUGAAAAGAAGCUGGACUGGAGUUACAUUGAACUGGUUGAAAAUGAAGUCGUCGCUACAGGUGUGUCGAAUGCACAGACCCAAACUGACUAUGGGCCUUUUGAGGACAAAGAGAGUCAGACAAGUAACCCUGUUAUAAUGCACAUAGACCUAACACGGACACACUCCAAGCUCAGACACUCGUCCCUGGUGGACGGUGACUGCUUGGUUGCACCUUACUUCCAGUUUGACCGACAGGCUCCAGGCCGGAUCUCUACAUCUCCCACCUUGAGGAGGAUGAGGAGCACUCGGCGCCCUCAGACGGAUUCCCGGGACCCUGUGAUGGGGAGCACACAGGAGGAGCCCACCUCUGCGAGCAUGUCAUCUCCCAUAAGCCCCCUUUCACCGGUCCACAGAGUCAAGUCUCCUCUGGCAGUAAGCCCCCUCUCUGAUGGAGAGAUCUGUCACGAUCAACUGUCCAUUUCAUCCUGUGGUCGACAGAGAACCAGAUCACAUAGAUCAAAGACUUUUGACAACGGUAUCAUUUCCAUGAGACAAGAAUGUCAGAGUGCUCAUCCCAAUCUUGGAUAUCCUGAUAGUGAGGUAAAGGAGCCUGUCCAUAGCAGGCUUCAGGAGAGGAGGCGGAGCUCUGUCGUCGUCAGUUUACCGGGAUUGGAUGUUUCACCAGGAGACCUUUUUGUGUCCAAUGGAGCAGCAAACUUAUUGAAUGGUUCCAACUUCUCCGAUUCGAAGAAGUCAAAGUGGCCUUUCUCGAGGCGUAGUACGACUAAAGGGAAGUCCCAGAUAGGAACAGCAUCAGACAUUGAAAAACAUCUGUCAACAGCACAGAUUCAAGACUGGAGAAACCCUGAGUUUCAGAAAUAUAAGGAUUACUCUGUGGCAGAGUUCUUGCGGGACCAGUCCUCCCAGGUGAGCACCGCCUCCGACCCCCAGGCAUACAAGAGACAAGAGGCCAUCUGGGAACUCUUCACCAGCGAGUGUGUUUACUUCCUGGAUCAGCUCAUGGUUCUCAAAGAGGUGUUUUUGGCUACGCUCACUAACCUGCACAUGAGGAACUGCCUGACUGAUGUCGACUCCUGGAGACUGUUUGCAAACCUCAACGAGCUUUGCCUGGUGAGCUUUGGUUUCCUGAACAACCUCCUCCGUGUCAUCAAGGACACGCUGGCGAUAAGUGAGGGUGGCGGGCCCACCCUGCUGGAGCUGCUGAGCAAGGCUUUCCAAGAGAGUAUUUGUCACUGCCUUCAGAAAUACUGCCUCAACUACACCACCGCUCUGCUUUAUCUGGACAGCCUGAAGCCCAGAGAGGACUUUGGAUCUUACGUGAAGUGGUGUGAGAGGAAUGAGCAGUGCCGGAGGCUGCAGCUCCGUGACCUGCUGGUGGCGCCGUUACAGAGGCUAACUCGAUACCCGCUUUUGUUGAGGAACAUUGCAAAGAGACUUGAGACGGAGGACGAGAUCAGAGGCCUGCAGGCUAUAGCAGAGCAAGUGGACACGUCUAUUUGUGAUUUAGAAGGAAAGGUCAAAUGGCUGGACAACUACCAGAAGGUGAAGCAGCUGAGAGAUGCGUUGGUGUGGCUGCCUGUAUGGGAGAGAGACAAGCGCGCCUUCGUCCCUGAGAAUCUGAAACAUCUGCUGAAGGCUGUCACACUGGAGAAUCUCAUUUCUCACAGAAGUCUUUUGCACGAAGGGAAACUGGUGCUCACAGAGAACACAAAGCUGAUAGACGUUUAUCUGUUCCUGUUUGACGAAUUCCUCCUGAUCACUAAGAUCAAGAGAAACAAGAAGCGCUCCAUCGGUCCUGAACAGAAUCCACUCAGGAUGCCACAAAACCUGGAGCUGGAUCAGCUGCUGAAGGAGGGAUGCACGUUCAUAGUUCUAGACCAGCCCGUCUCUCUGGACAGACUCCAGCUCAAGAACAUCGAUCAGUUAAACGCCUCAACAUCAGGGCUGCCUCAUUCUUUCAUCAUCAUGCACCAGAAUCGCUACCAGCAGUGUAUCGGUGCGUUCAUCCUGCAAGCUGCGACAGAGUCUGCCAAGAGGGUGUGGAUGUCAAAGAUAGAGGACGCUGUGUCUGCUCUGCUGAAGCUGGACUCUCAGCAGCCGCGACUCAAGAGCACCUCCCUGUGGCUGGAGUCAUCUCAGAUCUGAGCCCUGGAAAAGCACUAGAAACCAUCUGAAAACAUCUACUGCCAAUGUGCACUUCACUGUCCCCCUGACGUCUUGUAAAUGACUGUUCUAGCACUAGAUUAAUUUUGUAAAGUCACUGUAAGCCUUGAAAGGGCAGCUGCUGCAGUAGUGUACAGUAAAUAAAUGUCUGAUAUGUAGGAA